GAAACGAGUAAGGAGAUAUAUAUCUUGGUGAAAAAUAUGGCAAGUACUACACCUCAUUCUAUUUGGGUGUGGAUGAUGACCAUGGUAGUGUCAAUGUUGGUGAAUGAAAUGUGUUGUCAUGGGUGUUGGGAGGAAGAGAGGAUUGCUUUGCUGCACCUCAAAGCUUCCAUCAACUACUCAAAUGGCAACCUUUUGCCUUCUUGGAUGGAUAAUAAAUCAUCCAAUUGUUGUCGGUGGGAAAGGGUUAAAUGCAGCAACACUUCAAGCCGAGUGAUUCGACUCUCUCUUAAUGAUACAAGAGAUUGGAAAUUUGGAGAUUGGUAUUUCAAUGCUUCUCUGUUUCUUCCCUUUAAAGAGAUCAAGACUCUUGAAUUAAGUGGGAAUGCAUUAGUUGCUGUGACUAAGAAUGAAGGUUUUGAAAAACUUUCUGAAUUGAUAAAUCUUGAAGUUCUUGAUUUGAGUUGGAAUAAUUUCAAUAACAGUAUUAUUCUAGAAUUUGUUGGUGGAAUCUCAUCUUUGAAGUCUCUAAAUCUUGAAGGUAAUCAGUUGGGAAGCUCCAUUAAUUUGACAAGUUUUGGAAGACUUUCUGAAUUGAUAAAUCUUGAAGUUCUUGAUUUCAGUGACAACAAUUUCAAUAACAGUAUUAUUCUAGAAUUUGUCGGUGGAAUCUCAUCUUUGAAGUCUCUAAAUCUCGGAAGUAAUGAGUUGGGAAGCUCUAUUCAUUUAACAAGUUUUGAAAGACUUUCUGAAUUGAUAAAUCUUGAAGUUAUUGAUUUGAGUGUGAACAAUUUCAAUAACAGUAUUAUUCUAGAAUUUGUUGAUGGAAUCUCAUCUUUGAAGUCUCUAAAUCUCAGAGGUAAUAAACUAGGAAGCUCCAUUCAUUUAACAAGUUUUGAAAGACUUUCUAAGUUGAUCAAUCUUGAAUUUCUUGAUUUGAGUUUCAACGGGAUCAAUAACUCUAAAAUUCUAGAAUUUAUUGGUGGAAUUUCAUCUUUAAAGUCUCUAAAUCUUGGAGAUAAUAGAUUGGAAAGUUUGGGUGAUUUGACAUGUCUAAACGAGAAAUCAAAAUUGACAAAUCUAGAGGUUCUUGAUUUGUCUGGUAAUUUGAUAACAGACAUCAUAUGGUGUUCUUUAAAAGGAUUUACUUCAUUGAGAAUAUUGGAUUUGAGUGAGAACUAUAUAAACGAGAGUAUUUCUAGUCAAGACUUAGAAAACGUGAGCCUCUUGAAAGAAUUGUACUUGGACUAUGCUACCCUAUCCAAUGACUUUCUUUCAAACAUUGGUGCCAUGACAUCACUUCAAGUUUUGUCAUUGCGUGGAUCAAGACUCACUGGGUCUCUGCCCUCCCAUCAAGGUUUCUGUGAAUUAAAGACUCUUCAAGAGAUUGACUUCAGCUAUAAUGGACUGGGGGGUCAAUUGCCUAGGUGCCUGGCAAACUUGACAUCUCUAAGGUUUCUGGAUAUCUCUCUCAACCAAUUUACUGGGAAUAUUGCAUUGUCUCCUCUUGCCAAUCUCAUAUCCUUGGAAUAUCUUAUACUUUCAUAUAACAGUUUUCUAGUCCCAAUGUCAUUCAAAUCAUAUUACAACCUCUCCAAACUUAUGGUCCUAGAAAGUGUCGACAACAUGUUUUUAGAAGAAGAAGACAUUCUUGGAUCUGCCCCAAGUUUCCAAUUGUUUCAAAUCCGUCUUUCUACUUCUAAACGUGGAAUAAAUACUCCCAUGUCCCUGCCUAACUUUUUCUACUAUCAAAAUCAACUCAAAAUUGUUGAGCUCUCUGGAUUUGAUUUUGGAGGAACAUUCCCAAGGUGGUUGUUGGAGAACAAUAUUGGACUACAAGCAUUUAGCCUAACAAAAAAUUCAUUUUUUGAACAUUUCCAAUUGCCCUCGUCUCCAAUGAAAGAACUUGUAACAUUAGAUAUCUCUAACAAUAAUUUCUAUGGCACUAUCCCAUACAAGAUUGGUAGUCAUUUCCCCAAGUUAAGAAUUCUAAACAUGUCUAGAAAUAACUUUGAAGGCAUGAUUCCAUCUUCAUUAGGUGACAUGACCUCUCUAUGGGUUCUAGACUUGUCAAAUAACCAGUUAUCUGGUAAAAUUCCUGUACAUUUGGCAAUGGGUUGUAACUUCUUGGAAUUGCUGAAACUAUCAAGCAACAACUUGACAGGCCCUAUAUUACCCCCUCAAAAUGGCUUGCGAAACUUACAGUGGUUGCAUUUGGAUGAAAAUAAGUUCACAGAAAUCCCACACAACUUAUCCAUAAGUAGUGCCUUGAGACUGUUGAAUCUUAGCCAAAAUCAUUUGGAAGGUGAGUUUCCGAUUGAGUUUUGUCAAUUUGAUGGAUUAGAACACUUGGAUCUUUCUGACAACAAAUUUACUGGGACAAUAUCAUCUUGCUUCAAUAUGAAACUCCUAAAGCAAAUUCAACUAUCCAACAAUAGUCUAAAUGGACCGUUUCCGGAGGUGUUCCAUCAAUUAAUGAAUGGCAUAAUUCUGAUAGAUCUUUCAAAUAACCAUUUUAAUGGCAGCAUUCCAGAUUGGAUCGACAGUCUCUCCUGGUUAAGCUUUCUUAUCUUGAAAAAUAACCAUUUUGAAAGUAAUAUACCAGAUCAGAUUUGUCAUUUGUCUAGAUUAUCCUUGAUUGAUCUUUCUUCCAAUAAGUUAUCGGGCAACAUUCCCCGUUGCUUAAAUAACUUCACAUUUGAGCCAGGAGAAAUAAUGAACGUGUAUUCAUCUGUAAGUGUUUUUAGUACUACUCAAGAAUCCAUGUUAAAUGAUGACCAAAAGAUUUAUAGUUAUCAUGAGUAUAGUGCUGGUAUUGAUGGAGAUAUCUCAAGCCCAAUGGGGGGAUUUUUCUCAUUACAAGUGGAGUUCACAACCAAAGGAAUGAUCUUGUCUUACACAGGAAUGCCUCUGCUCUUUUUUUCAGCAAUUGAUCUCUCCAACAACAAAUUAACUGGCUACAUACCACUUGAAAUUGGCAACCUUAGCAAAAUUAAAGCACUGAACCUAUCCCACAACAACCUAACUGGAGGAAUUCCCACAACUUUUUCCAAGUUACAGAACAUAGAGAGCUUGGAUCUUUCUCACAACAACUUGAAUGGGAAUAUCCCUUCUCAGCUUACUGAUCUAUACUCAUUGGAGAAGUUCAAUGUGUCUUACAACAACUUAAGUGGAAGGAUACCUCAGGCAACAAAGCAAUUUGGAACUUUUGACUCAAGUAGCUAUAUUGAGAAUCCAUUUCUUUGUGGAAAACCAUUACAAAAUAAUUGCAUGGAUUCAUCUCCAUCAGUUCCAUCAGCCAAUAAUAAUGCAAGUGUGGUAUCCAACUUUAUCGAUGUGGACACUUUUUAUAUGAGUUUUGCAGGGUCCUACACAGUUGUUUUACUAGCUAUUGCGGGAAUUUUGUAUAUAAAUCCACAUUGGAGACAAGUAUGGUUCCAUAUUAUUGAGGUUUUCAUCACCUUUGUUGUGGAUAAUAUGUGGAGAAUCAAAGUUGGUUUCCUUCGUAAAUAUGGAUAAUCACCCCAGUGAAGUAAUAAUGUUGUUGUAUGUAUUUUCUAAUAAACUUCUUUCUUAAGUAGUUGUUUGCAUUAAAUAAAAAUCUCU